AGCCCAUUACACAUUCUCUGGCCAAGUGCAGAGCUGUCAGUUCCAAAGAAAGGCGCUUUCUAAUUACUGGAUCACAGGCGAUAAAGAAACAAAGUAACCUUAGGAAAUGAUGCCCGUGUCCCCCUUCCGUUAGUCUAAACGGAAUGUCUUCAUAAUUUGUUGUCCUAUUUUUUUGUGGGAUUAGGCUUAACUAUGCACUCUGUUGCCGCCUUCGCGUUAGCAAUGCUAUUGACUGGUGUGUUUUCAUCCCAGCAUGACCGCGAGCCUAAAACUCCAGACUGGCGAAUGACUCUGAAAACCAUACGAAAUGGCAUUCACAAGAUAGACACCUAUUUAAAUGCAGCUUUGGAUCUUUUUGGUGGGGAUGACGGACUCUGUCAUUACAAAUGCAGUGAUGGUUAUGUACCAAAACCCCGUCCAGAUUACAAACCUCCUCCACCUAAUGGGUGUGGUUCACCUCUGUUUGGAUUUCAGUUUGAUAUUGGGAUCCCAUCCAUGACGAGGUGCUGUAAUCGGCAUGACCGAUGCUAUGACACUUGUGGAAAAGAGAAGCAUGUCUGUGACGACCAGUUCCAGCAGUGUCUCGAGACCAUUUGCAAUAAUGUGCAAAAGACCCUAGGACUGGCCCAAAGUGUUCAAGCAUGUGAGUCUGCGGUGACUCUCCUGUUUGAUGCUGUCAUGCAUAUGGGCUGCAAACCCUAUAUGGACAGCCAGAGGGCAUCAUGCAUAUGUCACUUUGAGGAGAAAAUGGAUCUGUGAAGUUCUACUUUGAACAACUCUGGGAAUACACAGAGGCCACCAGGCCUGCCAUUCAGGAUUUAAACAGCCGAGGAUCUCAUCUCAUAUUAUUGAUCGGACCUGCUUCAUUAUGAGCUUCAGUGCAUCAGUGUGGCUGCUCUGGCUGUGACUAGUUAAUGAUAUCACUCAAGUGAUAGGAAGGAUCUCAGGGAUGAAAUUUAGUCAUGAAUGACAUUGUAAAAUGUGAAGAAAUAUUAUAGGCCCUGAUUGAAAUGAUGGGUAAAGUGCAAAGUCAGGUAACAGGUUAAGUUCAGGUGCAUGAACUAAAGCCGUUGUGUGUAUGGUCCUCUUAAGUGGUAUUAAGUUAGCAAAUCCAUUUUGUUCAGUUGUUAAAUAAGCUCCAGUUAGACUUUAGUCAUUGCUCUUUGCCCAUCAUUAGAAUUAGGGCCCUGUGUGUUAUAAUGGUGCAAAACAUCUAGGUUAAUAUCAGUUACCUGAUGCAGUAUAGCUAUUUGCAGUUUGUAACAUUAUUAAGGUUUCAUGUGGUGUGUGUAUGCAACACAUUUUUUAAGUUGCAUUCAUGAAUGUUUAAUGACAUGCCUCUUAACUUGAAUAUAAUUUGGAAUGAACAGGUUUCUGGAUGUUACAACCAUGCCUGUGCUAAUGAAUUUGUGAAAUAAAAUAUUAUUGCACUAUGUGCUUUUUG